UGAAACGAGCUAGGAUAUGAUUUUCAAGUCCUCCAAGGACUCUUCAAUUCUAUAUCUUCAGUUGUCUCUCAUAACAAUAUCCUUCCUUUCCUCUGUCCUUCCUCCCCAAGCCAGUCUUAUCAUUUUCCUGUCAACUUCUACAUUCUUUUUCAACUUUCUUUUUAAACACUUUCAUUUCAAUUGUGAUCUGUGAUCCACGACAUUCAUUUUUCAAUAUUUACAUUCAUUCCUACCAUAUAUCUAUACAAGAUUUUAUCAGCAAGAUGUUCUCUAAAUCAAUCAUUGCCGCUUCCCUCCUUACAGCAGUAGCUGCUCAUCAAAACUUUCAUCAAUUCUGGGUCAAUGGAGUCUCCCCAGGAUAUGAGGUCUCCAUCCGCAUGCCGCCUUCCAAUUCUCCAGUUGUAGACAUAACAUCGAAUGACAUUACCUGUAACGUCAAUGGAAACAAGGUACCUUCAGGUGUCAACACAACCGCCGCAAAUGAAGGAGAUGCUAUCACAGUUCAAUGGGAUUCUUCUACUCAUCCUGGGCCUAUCCAACAUUACCUUUUUGGUCCAGUUGCUGAUGCAUCUAUGGCUACUGGUGUCGGUUCAUGGUUCAAGAUUGAUGAGUACGUAGAGGUCAAUGGUACUUGGGCCUCAAAUAUCAUGGCCGCUGGAAAUAUGAGUUACACAUUCAAGCUUCCUACCGGAAUGGCUUCUGGUGACUAUUUGGUAAGCUACUCGAUCUUCACAUUUGAUCCCAAUAAACUAACUUAUCACACAGCUCCGUUCCGAGAUGCUUGCUCUCCAUGGCGCCCAGACCGUCGGAGGCGCACAAUGGUACAUUGGAUGUGCUCAACUUUCUAUUACCGGUACUGCUAGCGAUUCCUGCGGUCCAUCCAUCGAGCUUCCUGGUGCUUACAACGCUACCGAUCCAAGUAUUUAUAUCCCAAACGUCUACUACGGUUUCGAUAUUUCCACCUAUAAACCUCCCGGAGGAGCGGUUGCUACAUGCGGAGCAGGUGGAAGUAAAGCCGCUGUCGCGUCUAGCCCGACAGCCGCAUCUUCUGUCCCGACCAACGCCACCGUGUCUGCUUCAUCAAGCUCGGCUAUUAUUUCAUCGAGCGCGGUUCUUGCUUCAAGCUCAGUUCCCGCCGUUGUAACUCCCGCCCCGACUACUCUUAUAACUGCUACAUCUUCUGCGCCAGUUGCUACCAGUUCCUCUGUUGAGGUUGGCGAUGAUGAGUGCGAAGCAUAAAUUAAAAAGGGGAUAAGAUAGGAAAAGAAAGGAAAAUGUUUUUCGAUUUUUGUAUAUAAAUUAAAUCAACAAUAGACUUGGCUUAGGCCACUUUCGAAUAGAGAUGAAUUGAAGC